AUGCUGUUCUCGGUGGAGAACGCACCUUUCGUCCUCGUGGGCUUGGCCCUCGCCUAUUUCUUGGUGCCCUAUGUCCAGCGCUGGCGGCUGCAUGAUAUCCCUAGUCCCGGUCUGGCCGCCUUCACCAACCUUUGGCUGUUGAUCCAGGCUCGCCAGGGUAAGCGCUUCUUGUCGGUCGACAACGCCCACAAGAAAUAUGGCAAGCUCGUCCGCAUUGCCCCCAGACACGUCUCUAUCGCCGACGACACCGCGGUGCCGGCCGUCUACGGACACGGCAACGGCUUCCUGAAGGCUGACUUCUACGAUGCCUUUGUCUCCAUUCGCCGGGGUCUUUUCAACACUCGCGACCGUGCCGAACACACUCGCAAGCGCAAGAUUGUUUCCCAUACCUUCAGCGCCAAGUCCAUUGGCCAGUUCGAACAAUACAUCCAUGGCAACAUUGAGAUGUUCGUUAAACAGUGGAAUAAGCUCUCCGACCUGCAGGCCAACCCCAAGACCGGCUAUGCCAGCCUGGACGCCCUGAACUGGUUCAACUACCUGGCCUUUGACAUCAUUGGCGACCUGGCUUUCGGUGCUCCCUUCGGCAUGCUCGAGAAGGGCAAGGAUAUCGCCGAGGUCCGCAAGAGCCCCAACGACCCGCCCAAGUACGUCGCUGCCGUCGAGGUUCUCAACCGUCGCGGUGAGGUCUCCGCCACUCUGGGCUGCAUGCCGUCCUUGAUUCCCUUCGCCAAGUAUAUCCCCGAUCGUUUCUUCACCGAGGGUCUCCAGGCCGUCUCGGACCUGGCUGGUAUCGCUAUCGCCCGUGUGAGCGAGCGUCUCAAGCCCGAGGUCAUAGCCAACAACACUCGUGUCGACCUGCUCGCCCGCCUGAUGGAGGGUAAGGACCACACCGGCAACUUGCUGGGCCGUGAGGAAUUGACCGCCGAGACACUCACUCAGCUCAUCGCUGGCUCCGACACUACCUCCAACACCGCUUGUGCCAUCCUUUACUGGUGCCUGCGCACCCCCGGUGUGAUUCCCAAGCUGCACAAGUCUCUUGAUGAUGCCAUCCCCAGGGACAUUGACGUUCCUACCCACGCUAUGGUCAAGGAUAUCGAUUACCUCCAGUGGGUUAUCUGGGAAACCAUGCGCAUUCACAGUACUUCCGCCAUGGGCUUACCCCGUGAAAUUCCUCCCAACGCCGCCCCCAUUACGAUCUGCGGUCACACCUUCGGCCCCGGUGACGUCCUCUCCGUGCCCAGCUACACCGUGCACCGCUCCAAGGAAGUUUGGGGCCCCGACGCUGAGGAGUUCGUGCCCGAGCGCUGGAGUCCCGACCGCCUCACUGCGCGCCAGAAAACCGCCUUCAUUCCUUUCAGCCAUGGCCCCCGUUCAUGUGUUGGCCGCAACGUCGCGGAGAUGGAGCUUCUCGUCAUAGGCGCUACUGUCUUCCGCCUUUUCGAGUUCCAGAUUGAGCAGGAUGGUCCCAUGGAGACCCGUGAAGGCUUUUUGCGCAAGCCCCUUGGCCUCCGGGUUGGCAUGCGCCGACGUGUCGUUUCUUAA